GAAAGGUCUGGUCGCAGAGAGGAACGCGUAAUCCUCAGCGUGCUCCAUCCCGACAGCAUCCUUCCACGGCUCGGCAGAGCAGCGAGCCUCCGGGCACCAGCCCCUCUGCUCCGCGGAAAAGCCUGAUGAAGUCCUCCGAUAUCGAUCAGGAUUUAUUUACAGACAGUUACUGCAAGGUGUGCAGUGCACAACUGAUAUCCGAAUCUCAGCGCGUGGCCCACUACGAGAGUCGAAAACAUGCAAGCAAAGUCCGAUUGUAUUACAUGCUUCACCCAAGGGACGGUGGGUGUCCUGCCAAGAGGCUCCGGUCAGAAAAUGGAAGCGAUGCUGAUAUGGUGGAUAAGAACAAAUGUUGCACACUCUGUAACAUGUCUUUUACCUCAGCGGUGGUGGCUGACUCACAUUAUCAAGGCAAAAUCCAUGCCAAAAGGUUAAAACUGUUGCUAGGAGAGACGACGCCAUUAAAGCCCACAGCAACACCCCUGAGUUCACUCACGCCGCCGAGGGUGGACACUGCUCCAGUGGUCGCGUCUCCCUAUCAAAGAAGAGAUUCAGACAGAUACUGUGGGCUCUGUGCAGCCUGGUUUAAUAAUCCUCUGAUGGCCCAGCAACAUUACGAUGGCAAGAAACACAAAAAGAAUGCGGCGCGAGUUGCUUUAUUAGAACAACUUGGGACGACUCUGGACAUGGGGGAGCUAAGAGGUCUGAGGCGCAAUUACAGAUGUACCAUCUGCAGUGUCUCUCUAAACUCAAUAGAACAGUAUCAUGCCCACCUGAAAGGAUCGAAACACCAGACCAACCUGAAGAAUAAGUAGUGAAAACAUCAAUCAAGAAAUUAGAAAAAAAUGUCAGAAUUUCUCUGCCGUGGAGAACUACUUAUCAACCACCAAAGGAGGAUUCUUUCUUGAACAAUGAACAUUUCUUAUGAGGAUUCACAGAUUAACAUAUGACUAAUCUUAGUUUUGAAGAGUGAAUGAGCUUUCUUUCUUUUUUUAAU